AGCAAGCAAGCAACGCAACGCAACGCCGAAGUGGGACUGGGCUGGACUGGGCAGGUUGAGGAGACCGCGAAGGACAGCAGGCUAUGACGGCCCUGCUGCGUGAGCCGAGCUGAGCUGAUCGAGGAGGGAGGAGGGCGGCCUUCUUGGCUGAACUGCCUCGUGGGCAAACGAUGAUUCAGUGGAGCAGUUUGAGGAGGAGGUAAUCUUGCGAGAUCAGAUGCUGUAGCCGCAGGAGGGAAAUCUGUCCGGAUUAUUUGGGGUGAAUCUCACCAACAAACGAUCUAUCGAUCCUCUCUUCCCCUUCCCUGCCCUGCCCCCCAUCUCGCCAAGCCUUGCUCUCCUGCUCCUCCUGCUCCUCCUCCUCCGCUUCUUCUGCUUCUCUCUCAUAUAAGCCCUCGCAGGUCCCCCCUUAAGCUAUCGUCACACCCAUUCAAACCCGAGCGGAGCUGAUCCUCUUCCUUGGAAAUCGCAUUGCUGUGUCCUGCCCAUUCGUCAUGGCUGGUGUAUCCGUGGCGGUGUGAUCAGUGCCACUGAAUUGGACCAUGUCUCAUACAGGUGGAGUAGCGCCUGCGGCUUGCGAGGCGGUGAAGCACCCACGUCUGUAAUGAGCAUCUUCCUCGCGAGGAUUAGAUCUGCCCAGUGGUCCAUUGUUUAGGGCGGUCUAUGUAUAAUCGUGAAGAUUGCAAUGCUGGAUCUUCACUGAUCGGAGGCACAAACCACCAGAUUUUCACAUUCCUGAGUCAUAGGAAGCAGUCAGGUUUGUUCACAGUCUUCAAUAUUCAGCGGUUGAGAGAAUCGUUGGAGCCUCGCCGACGGCGUGCCGUGCCGAGAAGCUGAAGGUACACAGUGGUGUCAACGAACAUCUGAGUGCACAGCAAGAUUCCACGAAUAGUUUGGGAUGGGUUGAUCAGCGAAAUCGAGCGAGCGAGCGAGCUAGCGAGAGAGAGAGAGAGAGAGAGAGUGAGAUUACCAGUGUAUAACUGCCCAAUUCUGUUGAACCAGGAUUGCGCGGGGCAGUUACCCAGGCUGGAGUGAUACCCCAAUUCUGAUCACGGUGCCGUUAGUGGUCUUCAUGACCGGCCUCGUUUGGUAUUACCUCUGCACCACAAGACUUCUAACGCUGGAUCGUUUAGGAACCGAACGGCACAGACAAUGAGCUUGUAACUUGUAACCUCCUGGCGAGUGCCCCCGAUGUGCAACUCCAUUCUGCACACGGAGGUUAAGUGGUCGCCACGUAUGCUUAAACUACCUGUAAUGCUUACCAAAAGAAUCUUGACAUGUUUCCUGCGCCAUGUUGCAUCGAGUCGCGACACCCUCGAUGGAAUUGCCAUUUAUUAUGACUUCAGCAUGAACGAGAGUACAGGAAAGAGAUACUUUGUGAUGACUUCAGCUGGGUGUUUAGGUUUCGCACAAAACUAUUGAUCAAAAUCGGCGAGAGUCGUGAAAGAGAUCUAUUGCACCACUUUUACACGCGUGAUAUUGGUGGCGACUUUUAGCAGAAUAAGAUCUUCUGAGUGUUGUGAAAGAAGGAUUAAAAGGUUGGCCGUCGUGAAAACUAUAUCGCAUUUGAUCCCAUCACGAAACGUAGCCAGUAAGUUGAGCGGCAAUCAUGGAGCUGCGGCCAUUUUCCGAGUCGCACAAGAAGCAAAUUUUUGCUCCGGACGUGCGGCGGGCCAUAACUGCCUGAGAAUGGUGACGAUCACGAGCAAUGGCUGUAUGCGCACGGGUACUUGAGUGAAAAGACAAGGUAGGGGAAUUUACAGAUGAUCGGAGGGUUUAUUUAGCCUGCGGAGGUACCAGUGAACCGUUAGCUUGCGUUUCGGUGUAAAGGAGUGAUGUAGUAUUAUUUUAUGGUGAAGCAUUUCCAGCUUGUGACCUGUUGUCCGGGAAAGGUACAGGAGCUGCUUGCAGGAUGAUGAUCCAUGGAGUCUGCCUCGACUGCAUGUACUACCCAUGAUACUGCAUCCGGCUGCGGCUGGACGCUCAAGAAGCUCAAGCACCGCAAAGUGCACGCUGCUCGCUCUCUCAAGCUGCGUGGCGGCCAAGAGGAGCAAGACCGCUAUCCGCGGCGCUUGGACAUUGAAAAUGCACUGGUAGACCAUCAACAUCUGCGAAGUCUUAAACACAACCGAGCUGACGAAGCUCACUCACUCUCUUCACUGGGUGGAAGCCAGCAGCUCCCCUCAGACAUUGCCAAUGGCCUUCGUACAACCCCAUGGGACUUUCCCAAGACUCUGAAUCACAGGCUUGUUGGGAGAGACUGCAGCUAUGGCGUAACCUGGUCUUGUGCGGGAAAAUGCUCUACGACCAAGAAGCAACAUCAGAAGCAGAGUAUGCGAGCAGCUGUUGAGAGUCGGCGCCGUCUUGCACGAGGACCUCGAAGUGGGAGUACCAUAGCUGAUGCCCAGGCCGGAGUACAACCCAUGUUGCCUUCGGAGGAUCACCGCGUGGUGAGCACUGAUUACCAGGCCGCCGGGACACAAGCCUUGAUGAGGGUGACCCUCUUGGCUGCCGGUUUUGUGAUCGGUGCCAGAGGCAUCAGCGCCAGAUUGAUAGGACAGGUCACUGGCGCAAUUGUGCAAUCGUGGACUGAAUCUUGCAGGCCGGAUUCAAUACCUAUUCGGCUGUUUCGUAUUCAAGGGAAGAAGGCUGUAGUUCAGACAGCAGUUUCAUUAAUCGAGCAAGCUGUGGCCAAGUACAAGGAUCUUUGUGAGUGCAAGCGCCGAGGGGAAUUCGUGCAACGAGAGCACGUCAUCAACGGUGUGGAAUUUUACUACCAGCCCCCUCCCCGCAAAGCUUUCACAAACAACGACAAUGAGCAUUCACCCAAGGCGGAAGAUGGACCAGGGGCACAUCUCAAUGAUCCAGUGGCUACGACUGUGCCAUUUCAGCCACACCAAGUUUGGUUGCAACACUUGCAGCAGCAGCACCACCAAGUGCAGGCUGUGGCCGCUCAUCAACAAACACAGCAAGCUCACAUCCCUAUGCUUGAUGUAUCUGAGGAGCAGGUAGUGAAGGGAGACAAUGCAGUGGAUUGCCACGGCCAGGACCACAACAAAGUUACGCAUCAAUCGCAUGUCUUCUUCGACUGGCAACCUCAGGUUGAGAGACAGCUAAUGGGUUUACAGAGCUCCGACUUAGAAAAUUCUCACGAGUGCGUAUCGGAGUUUGAACUUCUGGACCAUGGGCUGCAGCAAUCUGUGGCCUCCUUAGAGCAUGCUCUGCAGCAAGUUCGCCUCGAGCAGCGGCUCCUUCAGCACAAUCGGUCAAUUGGCUAUAUCAAUUCCAACAUGACCAAUUGCAACAACAAUGACUGCGGCAUCCACCUUCAAGGUCAUCGUAGCCAAUAUUCGCUCAGUUCUAAGAACAAUCACGGCGAGAACAACGGUAUCUGGUUAGAUGCAAGCUCAGAUGUCCAAGCGGGUCAGCCACCAGCGGUUGCAUCAACAGCCUAUCAUAUGGGAUCAAGCUUGUUCUUUUUCCGUGAUGGUGGUUUGCCACUACCAACUCCAUCGCAGGACGACAAAUCCGAUGCAGAUAGUAACUGUACUUUCCUAGACAGCACUCCUUGCACGCCGUUCGAUUUUCCUCACUGCGAUUUUCUGCGCGAUAGUCUGCCAAAUUUUACUUGGGGGACUGCUCGGGAGACACCCGAGUACAGCUUGUAUGAGGCUUCUCCUUUGCAGGAGGAUGUGGACGACAGCGUCUGUAUUGUUUGCCUUGAACACCAAGCCAGCGUCCACCUCAUGCCAUGUGGACACAACUUGUUUUGCUUCUCUUGUGUCGUGUAUCUGCUGACCUGCCCUCUCUGCCGCCAGCCCAUUGUGGCCCUCCACCCACGCGACACAAACUCUGACACGGCGGACGUUGUCGACCUUCCCAACAAUCUGAACACCUCGAGCCACAACAUGUGGAACUGGAUUCCAGGUGCAUCAGUCUGAUGCUCGAAACCGCAGGAUGAAGUAUGAUGUGGGUACCAAAAGUUGCUCAAUGCGACAAACAUGCUCAUUGGCACAGGUUGAAGUGCCCUUGAGCGAUAAGGUUCGGGAGCAACCGCUUAGUGCUAAAUUUGCACACGUCGCCACGUUACACACGACCAGCUUUAAACACGGAGAACAUGAGGCACUUAAGAUCAUAGGGGUGUUGCAAAAAUUUGUGAAUUUUGGUCGCAGAUGGUUACACCUUUUGAGUGCAAAAGCGUAAAUAAUUAUAUGGUCUCAACGGGUACAAGUGCCUGUUGGUGCUAGACGUAGAUCAGAGAUAUUUUGGUCGGAGCUUACAAAUUGUAGGUACUUUCCAAACUGACACUGAGAAUAAACACAUUUUGGUAGGCACUUGAGUUGUUACUCUUAUUAAGGUGGAUGAUGCAGCGUGAUUUCUGAAAUAAGGAUAUGUUAGGUUAAUUGCUGUAGAAGCAGCUGUGCUAUCCGCCCCGUUUGGUUUGCUGAAUUAGAAACAAUAAAGCGAUGACGGAAAUUAUCGUGGUUGUGGCUUGUGAUAAUGUUUUGCGUAGAAUAGGCUCCAGUAUUUGUAGCAGAGAACAGAGACAUGAGAUAUGAUCGACACUUCUAAACCUUCCAACUGAAGUUACUAUGUUUUAAUUCCAUAUGGACUUACACGAA